UUCUGGUAGCCGCGGUAGCAGGACAACAUAUAAAGGGAAUAUUCCCUGUGUUGUUCUGGCUAUUCGAUAGCUAAACUUUAUCUUAUAUCUCCACUGGGGCAUCUUUUAUUAUUAAUUGUAUAUAACUUUAUCUGUAUUCAAUUGAACCAAUUAAACUUGAUUCGCGUUAUAAUAUUCUUAUAAAAAAGAUUCGUGGAAACAUGUUUUAUUGUGUGACAAUUUUGGUGAUUUUUGGAGUCCUUCUGGCCGUAGAUGGGAGGCGCCUUCCAAGUAUCACAGAUGGACACGAGUCGUGCGGAGUAGAGGCGAGCUCUAACCCGAUUCACCAAAACCCGUGGUUGGUGCUACUGCGGUACUACAGGCGCGGCAGCUCGGUCGACAUCCGCUGUGGUGGCACUCUCAUCGGCAAGAGGCACGUGGUCACGGCAGCACACUGCGCUAAGAUUAAAGCCCAUAUGUAUAAAGUACGUUUAGGAGAGUACAACUUAAGGACCAAGAAAGACUGCGUGGAGGGCGUAUGCUCCAAGACGACGGAAAUAGAAGUAACUGACGUCACCAUCCACCCCAGCUACGAUGGUUCCAGCCACGAUAUCGCGGUUCUGACGCUCGGCUCUGAUGCUCCAUAUACUGAUUUUAUCCGGCCGAUCUGUUUUCCAUCUACCCCGGCAGCCAACGCUACUUUCGUCACGGCAGGUUGGGGCGAGGUUCCCAAAACCAACGAGUACAGUGACGUGAAGAAGAAAAUCGAACCGUUACCUCAGUGGAACUUCACGGACUGUGUGAACGCGUACAAGUACACCGAUCUACCUCAAGAUGUGAUCUGCGCGGGAGGAGCAGACGGCAUAGAUACCUGUCGGGGAGAUUCUGGUGGGCCCCUAGUGCAACACAAAAUGAGGGCAGAGUUGGCUGGUGUGACCAGUAAGGGUUUCGUCGUCUGCGGGACGGAGGGCAAGCCCGGCAUUUACACCAACUUUUUGACUUAUGUUGACUGGGUUAAAGAGAUAAUGGAUAAAGUUUAGUUAGUGAAUACAUUGUACUAAUUGUGACCAGUGUUAGCGUAAUCGAUAUUGCGCAGAUUGUUAUUAUUGUAUUUUUCGAUGUGGAUCCGAUCCGAAUCACCAGCCCAUUAAAAGUGACUACGAGUUGGAAGAGUAGACCCGUCAUCGUUGAAUAAGAAAUGCUACAUGCUACUGCAGAGGCUCUCGCCAAAGAGGGUAAAGAGUAAGGCAACUAGUCGGAUGUUAGUGUGCAUAAGAUGAUGUUAAUGUUGAUUUGAUAUCUGGUAAUAAACACGCUGACUGAAUUAUGUAUAA